AUUCACAGCAUGCACGCGUUGUUCACGUGCAAACAUGUCAGGUAGCUACAUAAUACUUUAAGGAGCUCAGUGAGUGAUUUCACGGGUUGGGAAAUAUAAAACAGUGGCGCCCGUGUGAAGUCACAACACUUUUACGGAUCUAACAGAGACAAAUAAACAACAAAAAAAACAAAUAAAUCAAACCUGCUGAAGUUAAAAGAGUUGCGUUAGUAUUUUAAACAGGGUGAAAAUGGUUGUUAUGGCUAAAAAACCAAAGACUUUUAAGAUUGACUUCCGCGAUUCCAGCAAGGUUUUUUAUUCAGGUGGAGAUAAAGUGUCAGGAAGAGUGUUGGUGGAGGUGUCGGAGACUUCCCGGGUCACCGCCAUGAAGCUGUAUGCAAUCGGCUGCGCCAAAGUGGACUACAGUAAAGGAAAGCAGCGCUGUAAAGAUGCUGUAGAUUACCUGCAAUAUACAGACGUACUUCACCUGGAUCAACAACCAACAGAUUCGGAUGGCUCUGUUAUUCUCAGACCUGGAAAUACAUAUGAAUACACGUUUGGGUUCGAGCUUCCCCAGUCAGGGCAGCUGGUGUCCUCAUAUAAAGGCAAAUUUGGUUAUGUUGAGUACUAUGUUAAAGCAGUGAUGGAGAGGUCCUGUCAGUCGGAUGUAGAGUGCAAGAAGUAUUUUGAGGUGGAGGAACCGAUUGAUGUCAACACUCCUGAACUUACGACUCCCGCCACUGGGGUGAAGAAGAAAAAGCUGACCUGUAUGUUUAUCCCUGAUGGCAAUGUGUUAGUCACAGCAAAGAUUGACCGUAAGGGCUACUGUGUAGGAGAGAACAUCUGCAUUGAUGCCAGAUUUGAGAACUCCUGCUCCCGCAUCAUCAUCCCUAAAGCUGCCAUUAUUAUCACACACACCUAUCGUGCCAAUGGCCGCACUAAGGUGCACCGUGAAAAGAUCUCAGCUGUCAGGGGCAAUCAUAUUAUCUCUGGCAUGUGUGACAUAUGGCAGGGCAAAACCUUCCGAGUGCCUAAACUAAGACCCACCAUCUUGGGCUGCAACAUCAUCCAUGUGGACUAUACUCUGAUGAUUUAUGUGCACAUCCCAGGAAGUGACAAGCUAACCCUUGAGCUUCCUUUAGUCAUCGGAACAAUCCCCUUUACUGGCUUUGCUAGUCGUAGCAGCAGCAUGAGUAGUCAAGUAGGGAGCUCAGCAGCAUCCAGCAGCCUGGCGUCUAUGCCCUCUGCACCACCUAGCUACAGUGAAAUACCGUUGCAUGGCUGCUUUGACCCAUUCAUCACACCAUUGCUAGAUGACUACAGUGAAGAUGACAGUCCUAUCUUUAUGCACGCCAGAGCAUACCAUCUCACACCACCUCCUGCCUAUACCGAGGUACAAGAAGGAUGCAAUAGCAGAGGCACUGUGCUUGAGUCAGUUUAAACAUUUAUAGCUGCAAAAAUCUUUAAACAAGAUUAACAUUUCUUCUGUUAAGUUGUUAAUAAGUGGUUGCAGAAUUGGGAAACUUAUUUAAGGCUUAUUAUAUAAUGUAAAAACAAAAGGAUGAUUUCACUUGUUUGAUAAGCAGCUUCUUGAGAACCUCAUUAGACUAAAGUGCUUGAUUUGUGUUUCUUGAUUAUUUCUGGGGUAUCCUCAGUAUUUAGACCUGAAAGGUUUUUUUGUCCAGACGAAUGUUGAGCUUUGCCAUAUUGGUGUAAUGAUGAACCUGCCUUUCUAUUCAUUCCAGGUCAUAAUCUAAAAAGAUCAUUAGGACUGGUAUAAAUCAGUGUAACGGUGGAAAAACAAGGUUGUUGUUUUUUACUGUAAUGUAUUAAAUUAGAGUUACAAGGGCACAAUAUUAGACUGCACUUUUGAAUAUAUAUACAACUUUGUAUCAGAGUUAAUGGUUUGUGUUCAUUUUGCUAUAAAAUUGAACGUUUAUUUUAAUAAUUAACCUGUUAACAGUGUUCUAACAAUUUGUUUACUUUGAUUAUAGUAAUUACACUCAAUAAUACUGAAACCAUGCAGAGUACCUGUAAAUAAGUUUUGCUUUGGGAAUUUGAGAAUUAUGUCUUCAGUGUAAAUGUUUGUGCAUAUUUUAUACAUACAGCUAUAUUUGUAUAUAUACAUACCAAAGCACAAAUUUGGAAAUAAAAGUGUAAUGAAAA